AUGAAUGAGAGGCAGAGAUUGGCGAAUUUACUAAGGAACUGUUCGAAGAAUCUGUUACUGGAUAAGGGAUUGCAGGCUCAUGGAUUUGUAAUGAGAAUGGGACUAGGGUUUGAUUUGAUGUUGAACAAUGAUCUUAUAGAUAUGUAUAGCAAAUGUGGUAGAAUUGGGAAUGCACGUGAGAUGUUUGAUAGAAUGCCUGAGAGAAAUGUGGUUUCCUGGACAGCUUUAAUGUGUGGCUACUUAAACAGCGGCAAUGCCAAAGGGUGUUUGUCUCUGUUUAGUGAAAUGGGAUUUUCAGGGAUUAAGCCGAAUGAGUAUACUUUCUCGACGAAUCUGAAGGCGUCUGGGAUGUUGGGCAUUGCGGAGAAUGGAAUGCAGAUUCACGGUAUGUGCGCUAAGUCUGGUCAUGAAUGGGUUGCGGUGGUGAGCAAUGCUAUCCUUGACAUGUAUGUGAAAUGUGGAAGAGUUGGUGAAGCGUCCAGGAUGUUUGGUGUGAUGCCGGCUAAGAAUGUUAUUACUUGGAACGCGAUGAUAGCUGGAUACACGGUUGAAGGAAAUGGGGAGGGAGCUUUGGUUUUGUUUAGGAAAAUGCAAGAGCUGGGAGAAGUUCCAGAUGAGUAUACGAUUACAAGCACACUCAAGGCUUGUAGUGGCCUUGGAGCAAUUAGGCAAGGAAGCCAAAUACAUUCCGCCCUGAUCACAAGGGGGUUCCUGUGUUCAGUUCGGAUGACUAUUGCAGGUGCUCUUGUUGAUAUGUAUGUGAAAUGCAGGCACUUAACUGAAGCUCAGAGAGUGUUUGAUCAAGUUGAACAGAAGAAUCUAAUAUCUUGGAGUGCCCUGAUUCUUGGCUAUGCCCAAGAGUGCAAUCUAACACAGGCCAUGGACUUGUUUGGGAAGCUCAGAGCUAGUCCAUGUCAUAAAGUAGAUGGGUUUGUUCUGUCGAGCCUUAUGGGUGUGUUUGCUGAUUUUGCUCUAGUAGAACAAGGUAGGCAAAUGCAUGCUUUCACCACCAAAAUCCCAUCUGGUUCAGACAUAUCGGUCUUUAACUCGAUUCUGGAUAUGUAUCUCAAGUGUGGUUUGACAGAUGAAGCAGAAAGACUUUUCAAUGAAACUCCGUUGAGAAAUGUAAUUUCUUGGACAAUUAUGAUUACUGGGUAUGGAAAGCAUGGUCUAGGGAAGAAAGCUAUGCAUCUUUUCAACCAAAUGCAGUUGGAGGAAAUAGAACCUGAUGGAGUGUCUUACUUGGCAGUGCUCUCAGCCUGCAGCCAUUCUGGACUAAUUCAAGAAUGCCAGGACUACUUCUCAAGAUUGUGUCACGACAAACGGAUUAAGCAAACUGUAGAGCAUUAUGCUUGCAUGGUUGAUCUCCUUGGUCGAGCAGGGAGAGUAAAAGAAGCUGAGAAUCUGAUCGACAGCAUGCUGCUAAAACCAAAUAUUGGAAUAUGGCAGACAUUGCUUAGUGCUUGUAGAGUACAUGGAGAGGUGGAGAUAGGGGGAGAAGUGGGAGAGAUGCUUCUAAGAUUGGAUGGUGAUAACCCCGUCAACUAUGUGAUGCUGUCAAACCUCUAUGCAGAGGCCGGCUACUGGAAAGAGUGUGAGAGAAUAAGAAAGUUGUUUAAGAUGAAGGGGUUAAAGAAGGAUGCAGGGCGGAGUUGGGUAGAGAUUGACAAGGAGGUCUACUUCUUCUACAAUAGAGAUGAGACUCACCCACUUACAGAGAAGAUUCAUCAAGUAUUGAAGGAAAUGGAGAACAGAAUAAAAUCUGAGAUCGGUUAUAUACAUGGGGUGAGAUUCGCACUGCAUGAUGUAGAAGAGGAGUCCAAGGAGGAGAGUUUGAGGUUCCAUAGUGAAAAAUUGGCAAUCGGGUUGGCAUUGGUGUGUGGUGAAAUUGAGAAAGGAAACAGAACAAUUCGGAUUUUCAAGAAUUUGAGGGUAUGUGGUGAUUGCCAUGCCUUCAUUAAAGGCUUGUCAAAGGUUUUGAAAGUGGUAUUUCUUGUGAGAGAUGCAAAUAGGUUCCAUAAGUUUGAGGAUGGCUUGUGUUCUUGCGGAGAUUAUUGGUGA